GGAAGUCCCUGCAUAUUUUAAAAUUUAUUAAUUUUUUAUUUUCCACAGAUGAUGCCAGAUAGUUGAUAAAUCCUAUAGCUCAACUUGAUUCCUAGAUACAAGCUGGAUUCAUUUGAUACCACAGAAGUGAAAUGUCAGGAGACUAGAUUGGAGUCUCACUUCUUUCCCAGCCUGAACUCUUGGGAGCUCAUGAAGGUAGAUGAUUCUUCAAAUUAAAGACUGACACUGACUUUUCUCACCAGAAAUGGUUUAUAGAAUCAACUUUCAAAAAUGAGCACCUUAGAAAUGAGCCAUUGAAGGUUUCGUCUAUGUCAUGAGAGAACAGGACACGUGUUUUGCUGAAAGCCUGCUUUCAGUUUUAAGCAUCUGGAAACCUUAUUAUCUAUUAUGUCUUUGUGUGAAGACAUGCUGCUUUGUAACUAUCGCAAGUGUCGCAUCAAACUCUCUGGUUAUGCAUGGGUCACUGCCUGCUCUCAUAUAUUCUGUGAUCAGCAUGGCAGUGGUGAGUUUAGUCGUUCACCAGCUAUCUGCCCUGCCUGCAACAGUACUCUUUCUGGAAAGCUAGAUAUUGUCCGCACAGAACUCAGUCCAUCAGAGGAAUAUAAAGCCAUGGUAUUGGCAGGACUUCGACCAGAGAUUGUGUUGGACAUUAGCUCCAGAGCACUGGCCUUCUGGACGUAUCAGGUACACCAGGAGCGUCUCUAUCAAGAAUACAAUUUCAGCAAGGCUGAGGGCCAUCUGAAACAGUUGGAGAAGAUAUAUACUCAGCAAAUACAGAGCAAGGAUAUAGAAUUGACCUCUAUGAAAGGGGAGGUCACCUCCAUGAAGAAAGUGCUAGAAGAAUACAAGAAAAAGUUCAGUGACAUCUCUGAGAAACUAAUGGAGAGAAAUCGCCAGUAUCAAAAGCUCCAAGGCCUCUAUGAUAGCCUUAGGCUACGAAAUAUCACUAUUGCUAACCAAGAUAGUACCCUUGAACCAUCCAUGAUUGCACAGUCUGGUGUUUUUGGCUUCCCAUUAGGGAACAACUCCAAGUUUCCUUUGGACAGUACACCAGUUCGAAAUCAGGGUGGUGGAGAUGGAGAUUUUCAGUUCAGACCAUUUUUUGUGGGUUCUCCCACAGCACCUGAACCCACCAACAGCUUUUUUAGUUUUGCCUCCCCAAGUAAUGAAUUAGAGCAGCAGCAAGUCUCUAGCAGGGCCUUUAAAGUAAAAAGAAUUUAGUUCACCUUAGAGAAUGUUUCUCUGUUUACUUUCAGUGAUUUCAUUUAGUAAAUAAUCUUUGUUUUAGAUAGGAGUCACCACCCUCUCUGUGUUUGUAUUGAGUCUUCGAAGUUGUCUUCACAUUUUCAACUUACAAGAAAUUCAGUGGCAGUUGUGGGUGGCUUUAGAAUCAGGUUUCCUUUUCUGUUUCUAUUCUUUAAGGUUUUAUUAAACUCAAUUUUAGGGUGAACUGUUGAGUUUUCACUGGUAUUGAAAAGCUUACAAUAUUAUUGGGUGUUUUGUAGAUCACCAUUUGUUUCUGUCUGGGCUAUUUCUGUCUAGGCCAUGUUUUUAAACAUACUAUAUAAGCACCUAUGUUAUAUGGCUACAUGUCACUUUGGGUUCUGGUAUUUAUACAUACAUGUAUAUGUAUGUUGCUUUACAUUGUUUUUUUUUGCUGCAUUUGGCAGUAUGUUUAUGUGAAGAUUUUUGUUUCAGGAAAUAGUGAGUGGGCCUGUAGCUUGUUACUUGGGUGUGUACAUUUAUUUGUAUAUAUUUAAUGUAUUUGCCCUUGUAUUAACUUGUUUGGAGGUGUGCUCAUGUCAGUGAAUGAAGGUACAAUUUGAUGCAGGUAUGUUUAGUUCCUAUUUCUAUUUAAAAAUAAUUCACAUUGAUAAAGUUAUUUUGUAAAGUUGACUUUUUGGCAUUUAUUUUAGAAUAAAAUUACUUUCUUUACCCUUUUGCUAGC